UUCCAGAUUUGGGAGACGCGCCUGGGCAGCUGAUGCUGUCUCCCGUGACCGUCUCUAUUGUAUGUCUAACUCUAUAGGCCAAUGUGUCGACUAAUUAUCAUGGACGUAUUUUGCCUGUAUUUCUGGAUGGUAUCAACGGACAAACCCGGACUCUCUGAAGACGCAUGAGAUAGACGUGAAAAGUAGGUCAUGGAUUUCCCAGGGCAUUUUGAGCAGAUUUUCCAGCAGCUGAACUACCAGCGGCUGCAUGGACAGCUGUGCGACUGCGUGAUCAUGGUAGGUAGUCGUCAUUUCAAGGCCCACCGUGCCGUGCUGUCUGCCUGCAGUACGCAUUUCCGAGCCCUGUUUACUGCUGCCGAAGGAGACGCCAGUACGAGGAUGAUUCACUUGGACUCAGAAGUGGUGACAGCUGAAGCAUUUGCUGCUCUAAUGGACAUGAUGUACACGUCAACGCUGAUGCUAGGAGAGAGUAACGUGAUGGAUGUCCUGCUGGCUGCUUCUCAUCUGCAUUUGAACGCUGUGGUGAAAGCCUGUAAGCACUACCUUACAACUCGUACUCUACCCAUGUCUCCUCCGGCAGACCGUAGUGGUCAGCAUCACGCUGAGCAGCAACAAGCAGCGGCAGCUGCGAACUCUCAUCUCCAGCGUUCGUUUCUGCUGCAACAGCUCGGGCUGAGCCUGGUCAGUUCUGCUCUGAGUGGAGCUGAAGAUGGGGGAACGGGGACCGGCAGGAGAACGAGUUCAGGUGGGUUGGUGGAUCAGCACGGUUCUCACCCGACACGUCGUUUCCUGAAACGUAAACAGCCCAUGUCCCUGAUCGCUUCGGAACGGGGGAGGCCUCGUCUCUCCUCGCAGGUGGAGGGGAUUGUGGGGGAAUCGGAGGGGCGAGAGGGUGGAGAGGAGCUUCUGUCUCCAGAUUCCCAUAGUAAAAUGGUGGAUGAGGUUGUCGGCGGGGUAAUUCCAGGAGAUGAUGGAGGUUUACUAGAGCAAAAUGACUACCGAAGGGGACUGACACAUGAAGACAUGCAGCUUCCCAGUCAGUCAGAUGGAGGGAGGGGAGCUGGACCGGAAACGCUGCUGCCGCGUAAAGAGGAGUACCCGGACGCGAGCCGUCACCAUGCUGAGGGGAUGAAGAUAAAGAACGGAGGUGAGGAAGAAGAGGAGCAGCAGCAGCACAUGCAGGUCGUGGUGAAGAGUGAGCCGCUGAGUUCACCCGAAGCUGUCGAUGAGACUAGCGAUGUUACGUCUCAGGCAGAAGGGAGUGACCAGGUGGAGCCAGUUGGAGAAAAGCUGGAGCUGAGUCCAGAGGGCAGUGAGCGCAGCUACUCCGAUCCCCAGCCCAGCUCUGAACUGCUGAUUAAAGGAAACAAGGUGUUAGGAGCAGCAGAAGACAGAGGAAGAGGAGAGGAGCUCUCCUGCAGUGACGCUCUAGAGUCCUCCUCUGGAUUGCAUAUCUCCAGUUACCUCAGCGCGAAGGCCUUUGCUGGCAGAGGGGUGUCAUCUAACCUUGUUAACAAUGUUGACAAUGUUCCCAAUACUACAACCGGAGAUUUUCAAGCAGACCAUGAUUCUGCUCGCUUCUUCCUCCCAACUGAUUCCAUCAACACUUCAUCUUCCUCUCUGCAGCUCCUUCCAGGCGAAGCACAGGUCUGCUCUGACCUGCAGCCAGAGUCCCUUUUUUUGCGGCCACUGCAUGACGGAAUAGCAUCGUCCUCAUCAUUAGCAGCAUCCCGGGGUGGAUCAGUGGACCAGCUUGCGCUGGAAUUCCAGCGAAACAUUUUGGGAUUACAAACCUUCCCUCGUUCAUCCAGGGGUGGUGCCGGAGGGUGCCAAGCAUAUCGGCGCAUCGCUCCCAAAGUUCCACCAGGUGGUGCUUCAGCUCUUACAGACAGCCCUCAGCAGCUUGAUGCUGCCUCCUCGUCGUCUUCCUCCUCAGUGCUUCUAAAUGGAGUAAACUUAAUGGAGGGUUCUGUCACCGUAGGUCAAAAUGUUGGCAGCUCCAACUUGAACCCGCUACCCCAGUUGACAAGAGCCUCUGCAGAUGUUCUGUCAAAAUGUAAAAAGGCACUUUCUGAGCACAACGUGCUAGUGGUUGAAGGUGCCAGGAAGUAUGCAUGCAAGAUCUGCUGCAAGACGUUCCUCACUCUGACUGACUGCAAGAAACACAUCCGAGUUCAUACAGGAGAGCGCCCGUACGCCUGUCUGAAAUGCGGCAAACGCUUCAGUCAGUCCAGUCACUUGUACAAGCACUCAAAAACAACCUGCUUACGAUGGCAGAGCAGUGAUAUGUCUAACGCCCUGCUCUAAUUCAACACAAUCGCAGGCACUCCAAAGGCACCGUACAACUGGUUUCUGACUGUUCUUUACUGAAUGGGCAGAUCUGUACACUGUAAUCACAUAUCCACUGGUAUAGUAGCUUUAGUAACUUUUUUUUAGGUGUUUCACGACUGUAGUAUGUUGUUAACAUGCUUCCAAUUAACAUGAAAUUGAUGGUACAAAUAACAGAGAUGGUUCACCCAGAAAUGUUGUUCCAAACCUGUGACUUUAAAAUAAAGUUUUAUACAUUUUCAUUUGUUUUUCAUAUAGUAGGUGUGGACAAAUACAGUCGAAUCUUCUUUUCUGUUCCGCAGAAGACUAAAGUUAUGCAGGUUUGGAACGACAUAAGGGUGAAUAAAUGAUAACAGAAUUUUCAAUUUUUGGGUGGACUGUCUCUUAAAGUUUCACUGUGAAAAGUUUUUAAAGAAUUGAAAUGGAGAGUUCUGCUUUAAGAGUUACAAGCAGAUGUCAGAAAGAACCUUAGUAGCUGAAUCUUAUGUCCUGAUGAUACAAGCUUUGAGUUUCAGUCCUGCUGUGGAAGUCAGAAAAUUGUCUUGUCAGCUGUGUAAUGUUGAAGUAUUUUAGCUUCUGAUGUUGUCUGUAUAUUUUUAACUGACGCAUCAGAAGGCAAUAGUAAAUCAUUUUUCAUUUAGGUGCUGUGGUUCUCAACCGUGGUCCCCACUAGAUGGCCUUGGCAAACUUCAAGGAGAAUCCCAAUAAGUCUUAAAAUUAUCUUGAUUCAAAUGUUAAAAACCCCUAAAUUAAAUAUGUACGGCUUUAAACUGACAUCAUAUUUUUGACUUCAUUACAGCAGAAGUUCAUAUCAAAUUAGAAAGCAGUCUUUGAAGCUAAAUGGGUUCCUUGGAGAAAGGUUCAGAACCACUGCUUUAAAGAAGAUGUUCACUUCCAGAACAAAGAUUUAUAGAUAAUUUACCCCCUUGUCCUCCAAGAUGUUCAUGCCUUUCUUUCUUCAGUUGUAAAGAAAUUGUUUUUUGAGGAAAACAUUUCGGGAUUUCUCUCCAUAUGGUGGACUUCUGUGGUGCCUGCGAGUUUGAACUUCCAAAAUGCAGUUUAAAUACAGCGUCAAAGGGCUCUAAACAAUCUCAGCCGAGGAAGAAGGGUUUUAUCUAGUGAAACAAUCGGUUGUUUUCUAAAAACAUGACAAUUUAUAUACUUUUUAACCUCAAAUGCUCAUCUUGUCUAGCUCUGUGUGUACUCUGUGUAUUCUGGUUCAAGACAGUUAGGGUAGAUCGAAAAACUUUGUCCUACAUCGCUGUUUUACCUUUUUUGUAAAGGGCAUUUUAUCUACUUUGCACGUUCACUUUGUAAACACUCGGUUGGUACUUCUGCAGCGAUGUAGGAUGAUUUUGAAGUUGGAGUUGAAAAUGAGAUGGGAGUUUUUCAACCUACCCUAACUGUCUUGAGAGAGAGACAAGAUUUUCACCAAGCAUUUGAGGUUAAAAAGUAUCUAAAUUGUCAAUGUUUUUAGAAAACCAAUCAUUUCGCUAGAUAAGACCCUUCUUCCUUCCCUUUGAAGCUGCAUUUAAACUGCAUUUUGGAAGUUCAAACUUGCGGGC